CUCUUUGACUUUUAUCUGACAUUUAACAUCAAAUGUUUUGAUCACCAAAACAGGUGCCCUUCAUCGGCAGUGGUAGCUUUCUAUCAAAAGUACCCAUCAGCCCUUCUUUGGAAGUCAUUUCAUUCCGACAUAUAUCUGUAGAAUCCAACCAUGAUUUUCAGGUUAGCAAUCAAAACUGGUAUUGUUGCUGGGACGUAUUAUUACACGAAGCAGCUCGGAGUGUGGGGCACCAGCAGACAGACCGAAAAACUCUAUAACGACAUUUCGAAAAGCCUCCAGCCUCAUAUAAAGGAUGCAAAACAGAAGCUACCUUUUGAAGUUCCGCCUCUGCCGAAGACUGGGGAAAUUCGAUUUCUAGCUAAACAUUACUAUAAUGAAGGCGUUAAGUCAUCGAUCCACUUCAUUUAUAUGCUCCCAUGCCAUACCGGCCGCCUUGCAAGGAAAGCCAAGGAUGCUAUAAGUGGAGCCUUAGAAGCACCUGCUGAGCAAGCUCGUUCAGCUAAAUAAAUACGCUGUUUAGUUUAAAAAUGGUCACUUUAAAAAUGUUUGCAAAUUAUUGUAAUGUAUAUUGUCCGUGUAAAUUAAAGGAGUAAAGGAAUAUCCAGAGCUA